AUGAUAACUUGUGCUGAAACAAGAAUUUGGUGUAGAUUAGACAGGAUCCUUGUGAAUGAGGAAUGGAUUCAAUCUUUUACUUCUAGCCAAGUGGAGUAUCUUGAACCAAUUUGCUCAGAUCAUUCUCCUGCAUUGAUAUCAAUUGAGGAUGAAAAUUUUGAGGGGAAAAAACCUUUUAAAAUUUUCAAAAUGUGGACAAAGCAUUCAGAUUUUCUUACUGUGGUUAAGUCAGUUUGGGAGCUGGAUAUUAGAGGCUACAGAAUGUAUAAAUUUUAUUCAAAACUUAAAGCUCUCAAACCUGCAUUAAAGGAUUUGAAUAGAAAGCACUUCAUGAACAUUAGUGAACAAGUUAUAAGAGCAAAGCAAAAAGCCAAUAUCAAAUGGGAUUUGUAUGGAGAUAAGUGUUCACAAUUUUUCCAUUCAAUGAUGAAAGCAAGAAGACAUCAUAAUAGAGUUCUUUCAAUAUAUUCUGAAAAUGGUGAAAGAAUUACAGAGAUGCCCAGAAAAGUUGAUGAAUUUGUUGGAUAUUACAAAAAAUUAUUAGGGUCUUCUACUACAACUGAUAUUCCAGACCCAGAGGUGAUCUCUAAUGACCCUAUUCUUUCUUCCUCACAAAGAGAUGGCUUAUGUUCUCCUAUUUCCAGAGAGGAGAUAAAACUUGCAAUUUUCUCAAUGCCUGAUGGGAAAGCACCUGGACCUGAUGGCUUCAAUGCCUCCUUCUUCAAAGCUGCUUGGAGUGUAAUCAGUGAAGACCCGUUCUUAGCCGUGGAAGAGUUUUUUCAAACUGGUAAAUUACUUGGUGCUAUUAAUGCAACAGGCAUCACUCUGGUACCAAAAACUCUUAACCCAAAAACCCCUUCUGAUUUCCGCCCGAUAUCUUGUUGCAAUUGCAUUUAUAAAAUCAUUACUAAAAUUCUAGCUAGCAGAAUUCAGAAUGUCAUGGGGUUUCUAAUCAGUGAUGCUCAAAGUGCAUUUGUCAAGGGUAGAAGUAUUCUACCAGUGAGAUAUCUUGGUGUGCCAUUGAUAUCAAAAAGGCUCUCUUGUUUGGAUUGUUCUGCACUGCUCAGUAGAAUCUCUGAGAAAUUCCAAAAUUGGCAAAAGAGGGAGGUGUUAUCAUAUGCCGAGAGAUUACAAUUGAUCAAAUCUGUCAUCUUGGGAAUUCAUAUAUUCUGGACAAAUAAUUACAUUUUGCCAAGUAAAGUUCUUCGUAAGAUUGACAACUUAUGCUCUGAGUUUCUAUGGAAUCGGAAAAUUCCUCUUGUCUCAUGGAAUUCAGUUUGUCAAAAUAAAAAACAAGGAGGUUUGGGUGUGUUUUCUGCAAGAAUUUGGAAUCAAGCUGCUGCUAUCAAGAUUAUGUGGUUAAUACAUCUCAAAAAGGAUCAUCUGUGGGUCAAAUGGGUACAUGGUAACUAUUUGAGUCAUGCUAAUGUUUGGCAGGUGCAAGUUAAAGUAAACGAUUCAUGGAUGUGGAAGCAAAUUAUAAAGAUGAGAGAUAUGUUGAUUGGUAAGCUGGGGAGCAUUGAGAAUCUGAAGAAUUUAAUUGAUAGCUACUGUGUAAAUGGAAAAUUUGUUGUUUCGGCAGUUUAUGAAAAACUGAAUCAUUCUUCUCAGCAGGUAGCAUGGUCAGCUACUGUAUGGGAUAGUCUUCAUUAUCCCAAGCAUUCUUUCAUCUUGUGCUGGAAACAUGCCAACACCUUUUCUUUGACUGUUAGUACAGUGCUAGUGUUUGGAACAAGGUCAUGGAUUGAUUGA